AUGUCCUUCCUCACCCGCUUGGCCAGCCUACUGGGCUUGUCAUCUCCGGCCCCCGUUGCACCCCCAGGCGCCGCACUCGCAGCAACCGUCACAGUACCUGCAUCGUUGGGAUUUGUCCCGGUCGCGAUUCACUUUGAUCUCUUCAAUAUCCUCGUGGGUCACGGGGGACCUGCGACGGCCGACGAAGUCUCGGCUACCUGCAAUGCACGCAUCAAAGCCCGAGGGGGAGAUGAACCCGAGCUGAGUACCAGAUUAGCCUCGGACACACUCUACAUUAUGGCCGGACUCGGCCUAGUUGAACGCGUGGCCGAGGACUGCUUCACAGCAAAUGCCAUCACAAACCACAUGGUCGCCAUGCCUUCCGCCCAGCAUGGCGCACUGCACUUCACCACCGAGGGUCUAAUGGCCGGCGCAUUCUUGAUGAAAAAGCUCCGAGACACCCGAUUCGCAUACCCCUUUGCUGAAGCAGACGGCCCCUUGCAAUACGCCUAUCAGCUAAUGGGUCAGUCUGAGCUGGCAAAACAGCACACGUACGCAAUUAUGGAGGCUCAGGGUCGCAUGGAUAGUUUCAACCAUUUCAUGGUCGGCAAGUUCCUGAAGUUCGGAACAUUCCCCGAGCGCGUCAAAUCGAUGGGCUAUGAUCUAGAUGGUGCUUUGGCAGGUGACACUACCACUGGCACCCUCGCUGGCUCCGCUACUAUGGUCGACAUCGGCGGCGGUCGUGGCGAACUCCUCCUCGAGAUUCAGGCCGUAUAUCCGCAUCUCGGCGUGCAGGAUCUAAUCGUGCAGGAGUUCAAUGCGGAUAUCGAUGAUGUGCCCGGUGUGCGUCUUAUGGAGUGGAAUUACAAAAAUGAGGCUGAGCAGCCCGUCCGGGGUGCGUGUGUUUACGCGCUGCAGCAUAUCUUGCAUAAUUUGCCUGAUUUGGAUGCUGUAGCGUUGCUGCAGAAGAUUUCGCGUGCUAUGACACCUGGUUCGCGAGUUUUGAUUAUUGAGUACGCCAAGAAUUUGACUUAUACUUCGCUUCAUGCGAGUAUGAUUGCGAUGUAUGGGGGGCGAGAAAGGAGUUCGGUGGAGUGGAGACAGGUGGCGGGUUUGUGUGGGCUAGAGGUGACUUUUGAGGUUUAUGUUAGGGCUGGAGAGUCAUUGGUGGAGAUGAGGAGGGCGGAUCGGUAG